UAUUUUAUUUCAGCUUUUGCCUUUAACAUUUGCAUUAUCUCAGGCUCAGGUUUACAAUAAUCCCUUUGAAGUCACUUUUACAAAUAGUCAUAGCAUUUAUUUUUUAUCUUAUUUGGCAAACUGCUGUUAUUAUUACAUCAAUAUUCUAAAACUACGUGCAUUGAAAACACCCGCUUUAGCAAAUAAUUCACCAACACAAAAAAAUUGCUCUUUUUCUCCUCUGUUGCACUGCUUUUGUAAUCUAGGAUAGCACUAUUUGUCUCCAUUUAAUUCCUCCUGUAACCGCAUUAAUUCCUUCUGCUUUUAUUAUUAAAAUGAAAUGCAAACGAUGUAGUUAUCUUCAAAGAUUUAGGCAGCUGUAGCCCCAGAGCUCAGCGCCUGUGCGUUUAGCCACCACUGAAUGCGUGCACUGAGAUUUAUUAUUGUCAAAUGCAAACGAUUUUCUGCUUAUUUAAAUGGUAUUAAAGUUUUGUUUAACUAAUUUCCAUUUCUAAAAACAAAUCAUGUGUUCUGUAAUACAGUGAGCGAAAAAGAGACAUUGCUAUUAUGACAAAUUUUAGUGGUCAAAUUUUCAUUUCUUUUUUCAAAAAGUCACAUUUUUUGUAUUUAUACACGUUUCUUUUUUAUUUAUCGUACUAUCACAUGCACGAGAUAGAGUAUUUUUUUUUUAUCCUUGUUUGAGAACUGCUUGUGAUAAGGGUUAGGGUGAAUUGAGAUUGAUUUGGGAUAUUUUUUCCAAGUCAUUUCAAUGACAAAAAUCAUCCCAAUCAACCCGAAUUUACGUUAUAUCGCUGCGAAUAAAAAGCAAACCGUACAUUUGCGUAUUUUUCAAAAAUUGUAGUAAGUAAAACAACAACAACAACAACAAUCACUUAUGCAUUGGUUGAGCGCAAUGAAAUUGUGACAAAAUCUUGGAAAAAUAAGAAUUGGCUUUCAUUUGUUUUAAAUACGUUGGGGCAUUCUUUGAGUCCGUGUUUCGUGCCAUAUUUGGCUUCUUUAAAAUAUUAUGAGGUUUAUUUGACUGGUGAAAUGCACCUGUUUUGUCUGUAAAGGUGUGCUGUGAUUGGUCACACCAUCACUCCCAUUUGUCAUUGGCUGUAUGUCCAAGUAAAAGAGAGUCAGUGUCAUCUUGUACAUUUCUGUCGUCAAUAACCACAAACUCUUCAGUGGAGGAAGAUGAAGACAACACUCACUCUGCUCCUAAUCAUGGAGCUCUGCGGACUCUCCUCCGGUCUCAUUAAACGACAUUUCUUUGUGAAAAAGGAGAUGACAUGGGAUUCUGCGCAUAGCUACUGUAAUGUAUUCUUUCACGACCUCUCCACCUUCAUCAAUGAGCUCGAGCAACAGCAGUUUUUGCAAGAUGCAGCCAAUCAAACUUCAAACGCCUGGGUUGGACUCCACACAGAAUUAGGAGUCUGGAGGUGGUCUGGAGGUCAAACAGCAACAGAAAUUUUGUGGGAUACUAAUCAACCAGACACAUCUGAUGGCUGUGUUUUUCUACACAUUGACCGUAAGAAACUGCACGACAAAGAUUGCACAGUUCAAUUUGCCGCCUUCUGCAUGACAAACUUUGUUCUGGUGCCUCAGAAAGAGACCUGGGAAGGAGCUCUGGAAUACUGCAAGACUUAUUAUAUUGAACUGGCAACUCUGAGCACAGUGCAAAGGAUGAACUCAGCUUUAAUGGAAAUCUCACAGGCUGAAACCGAAUAUGUGUGGAUUGGUCUGCGUUUUCUAGAAGGAGACUGGCUCUGGGUCAACAGAAAUCAUCUUUACUACACAGCCUGGUAUCAGAACGAACAGCCCCAGUGUCCUGCAGGAGACCUUCGCUGUGGAGCCCUGGACAAGAAAACAAAGCUUUGGACAAACAGAAACUGUGAGGAGAAGCUCAGCUUCAUUUGUCUUUUUCAUUAAAACAAACCAAUUUAUGAAAAACCAAAAAGGUAAUGUUUUCUAAAAAUAUUAUACCCUUGUUUAAGAACAGAGUCAAAGCGAACUUGGCAUUUAAAAAAAACUAACCCUCAUCUUCUAAAGUCCAUCAGAGACAAUAAUUCUUCUCCACUCUAUCAUAACUUAUAAAAAUAUAUAUAGUAGUGCUGUAAAUUUAAAUUUUUUUGUAUUACAUAUGCAUGUGUACUAUAUAUAUAGUAUUUUAUUUUAUUUUUUUUUGUUUUUUUCAAGUCAAACCGUUGUAGUCUGUCAGUUAUAAAAUGGCCGGUAACCACUGUAACCACUCGUUUGGUGUCUUAGGCCAUCAAUGUAUCGUUACGAUGGGGUUUGGUUUAAUUUGAUUUUUCUAUGCAAGUUUUUUUUUCCUCCCAUAGAAAAAUCCCCCUAUACCGGCCAUUAUAUGACAGACUACAAUGGUUUGACUUAAAAAUCUCAAAAUUGGAUAUAAAUAAGAAAGAAAAGACACCUACACCUUAAAUGCUCUUGGGGUAAGCGGAUACUGUUCAAAUUUUAAUUUCUAAGUGAACUAUCCCUUUAAAGCAGAGGAGAAGCACAUUUCAAAAGGAGGAAAAGGCUCUAGACACAGUUUGUGAUACUGCCCUCUCCUGGUUCCUCAACUCCACUGCAACAAUCCUGACAAUCACACAGCGGCUCCCAACCACCAGAGAAGUCUCCAGAGCUAACAUAAUAUAGGAAUAGGGCUCUUGUGCAUUUAUUUAUUUUUUGUUGUGAUGCUUACUGAUGCACAAUGGUGCUCCAUAGUUGUGUCCUGUGUUUCUACCUUAUAACCUUCUACCUUUCUAUACCUUAUAAUGGCCAUAAUUUUAUAAACAUAGCCAUUUACCUGAUAAAGGCUUUAAAAAACUACAUCAGAUAACAUGAAAAUGCCUUCAAGACGUUUUUCGAAGACGGCUUCCUUCAAAGAUUUAUUCAUAGAAAAACCUGAAUUUGCGAGAAUGAGAAAAGUUAAAAAGGAAAGUCCACUGAUGAGUUACCUGAGUAGACUAUAAUGUAGCAUUUACAUACAACUCUAUUUUGUCAUGCAUGCGCUUAACAAAUUAAAAAGUUCUUCUGAUUGGUCUUUGCAUCAUGUGUGAUUGUUAUAAUGCACAAUGCUGUAAAAUGAGUAA